UUGCAGUUUCGCCUAUGCAGUUCUUCACCAGCCUUAUCACAUGUUUUUUUGAAUAUACCUGAAACACAGGUUACCACUCUACGGAAUGGUUUUCGAAUUGCUAGUGAAAAUUCUCAGCUUCCUACCACCACGGUAGGUAUCUGGAUAGAUGCUGGAAGUAGGUUUGAAAAUGAUAGCAAUAAUGGUGUUGCCCAUUUCUUGGAGCACAUGGCUUUUAAAGGUACAAUGAAACGUUCACAGACAGCAUUAGAAUUAGAAGUUGAAAAUAUGGGUGCUCAUUUGAAUGCGUACACAUCUCGAGAACAAACAGUUUAUUAUGCAAAAUUUGCUCUUUUAAAACACUUAAAUUGGUUUGAUUUUACAGCUGUUGAAAUUCUUGCUGAUAUAUUACGAAACAGUCAAUUGAGGAAAAUUGAAAUUGAGCGAGAACGUGGUGUUAUAUUGAGAGAAAUGCAGGAAGUGGAACAAAAUUUACAGGAAGUCGUGUUUGAUCAUCUCCAUGCCGGUGCCUUUCAAGGAACUCCGCUUGCUAGAACUAUCCUUGGCCCUACUAAAAAUAUAAAAUCUUUACAACGGGAAGAUCUUUUAAAAUAUAUAAAGGAACAUUAUCAAGGACCACGAAUGGUCUUGGCAGCGGCAGGUGGUGUUGAUCAUGAGAAAUUAGUUGAGUUAGGCGAAAAGUAUUUUGGAGACUUAGGUGGUAUUGAUGAAGCUUUUGUGGCUGAACGUUCCAAAUGUACUGAUCGUUAUGGAAGAAUGUCGAUGGUUUUUGGUGCUCUUGCUGUUGAAGGAGCUUCAUGGACUCAUCCUCAUAAUAUUCCUUUAAUGGUUGCAAAUACGUUGAUUGGACAGUGGGAUCGAACAAGUGCUGUUGGGAUUAAUACACCAUCACGUUUAGCGCAAAAUUUGGGUUUAAAUGCUCGUGUUCAAUCGUUUCAAGCUUUCAACACUUGUUAUAAAGAUACUGGUCUUGUUGGUGUUUAUUUCGUUUGUGAAGAAGGUGGUGCUCGUGCUGUUGUUGAUAGCAUUACGCAGCAAUGGGUUGAUUUAUGCGAUAAUAUAACUGAAGAGGAGGUGGUAAGAGGAAAACGAUCAUUAUUGACCAAUAUGUCGCUUAUGCUUGAUGGUUCUACUCCAAUUUGCGAAGAUAUUGGCAGGUAUAUUUAUUAA